AUCCGGAGGUCUUUGAAAUUGUUCUCCCCAUCACUGUCCUUCUGCUGAGCGAUGAUGAUUUUCUCCAAGAGGACGCUGAGAAGCAAGCAGCGUCGGUUGCCGAGUUGGAGGAGAAUGGGCAGGAGGUUAAUUUAGGCGAUGGCCUUGUCCUAAAAAGCAGUGCGACACCUUCAGAUUACAGUAACAGUUUAAGCAUUUGGGAGGAAAACAAGUAUGCUUCCAGUGAGUGUCAUAGUGGGAAAUGCUCUGAAGAAAAACAGGUUGCCGUGAGUGUGUGUAACAUGUCAAAAUCAUCUUUAAGUGAUGGAUGCGAUGCAGGCACAGACAAAUAUAGUGAAAAUGAUGCAUUGCCUACAUCAUCUUGCGAAGCGGAGCUUACAGAGGGAAGUGAAACCAGUGACAGAAAACAGUGUGAUGGUGAUGACAGCUUUCAGCAGAUUCCUCCUCUCUUUUGUUCUGGCACUGAGGGUAGAGAUGGCUCCAAGGCAGACAGACACUUGACACUGGCAGCAAUACCUGAAUGUGAAGAGGAACUUGUCAAUGCUGCAAGAGUUCUUUCUGAUGGCAGUCAAGAAAAACAACCAGAAGCUCACAAGGAGUUGGAGACGAUUGUUGAAAUGGAAGAUCCUGAUCCUUCAAAGAAUGGAGACAAUGAAGCUAAUAACAGAAAAACUCAUAAAGAUAAGAAGAUACAUAAAUGCUGCUUCUGUAAAAGAACCUUUUUCUUUUCUGUCAGUCUUAAGAACCACCUUAAAUUUCAUAAGAAAAUGAAUAGGUUGCAGAAGUCAAGAAAAAAUAGAAUGACUACAAGAAAACAUGGUGAGGCAUAG